AUGGCUGCGUCAUCCAAUACUUCCAAAUAUCCCUCCUCGACUCUCUCCAGCACCCCUCCCUCGACCGCAUCUGCCAGACUUGAAAAGAGCCACCCUGGAGUGCGCCGGUCUACACCUGACUCGGAGGCCCUCGCCUCAUCUGAUGACGAUGCCGCUGAUGCACCAAUGACCCAGACUAUCACUGCGCCAGCGAUCAGACCUGCACGGAGAACCUCAUGGCUCAACGAAAUUCCACUGUCAGUGCAGAGAAAGCACUCUCUUCCCGGUGGUCCUCUAUCCUCUGCUCCAUCCAAUCCAACAAGCCCCGCUGCGGACCAGGCUCCAUGGUCAGCAAACCCAAACUCGGGGAUCAGUGGAUCAUUCAACUGGAACCAAACAGGAAGCUCGUUCCCCUGGGGCACUGGUAUUUGGAACUCCGAGUCUCGCAAAGAGCCGCCGUCUCGCCUCUCAGAGAUUGUCCCAUCUCCGACUAUGUCGAACCCCCCUCAGUCUGCGGGCGGAUUUGGUGAUGAGAUGUUGAGCCCGAUCACUCGUACCGUUUCAGGCGAGUCGGCUAUACCUUUCUCUAUCCCUUUACACCCCACUCCAAAGACAUACCGUUCCCAGUCGUACUCUGUCGGACAAAUGGAGCCGGAGGUCCUCAGUGCGAUGGCCAAAACUGCCGCCAGUGCGCAGUACCCGACUAGUCGCGCUCGCCCCCCGGGGCAGGCGUCAGCCGUUCAGCAUCGUGGCUCUCGCUCAAGUGUCCUUGGCGAACUAGGGCACGAUCCCGCGCUUCUUGGCCGUGUGCGGGAGGAUGAAGGGGCCGAAGAAGGCCUGGGCGGCCCAGAAGGAGAUAUCAACUACUCAGCUAGCCAGGCACGAACCAUCGAGCAGCUUGCCCGUGAGAAUGCCCUUCUCCGUCAAGCAGCUGCCAGUCAGAUGGAUGCGAGACUCCGAGACCGAGCAUCUUCGUCUGCUUCCGGAGCUGGCGGUCAUUCGAUUCACCGUAUCCGAGGUGGCGUUCCAGAAGAGGAGCUGUCGCCGGACGAGUAUGGCGAAAUCCGCGAUAUUCCCGGUUAUGCAGGCAUGCGGAGCAACACGGGACGCCGAUUCUCAGAACAUUCGCCCAACCUUGAGCAGCAGCUCUCCUCCCUCCCGCCUUCUCUGGAAAAUCGUGCCCUGGACACUGUCCGCAAGGCCCACUGGCAAUCUUCGCUGGGCUUUGGAGGAAUGGCUGAAAUAUCUCAAAGCCGCCGUCAUUCUUUUGCUGAAAUUCCCAUGCGGCAUGGCUCUGUCAGCUCCAUUGAUUCACAGAAUGCCGCGACACCCCGAGCGGUACCAGGGGAUCGCGACGAUGGGUAUGAAAAUAUGAACGAUUUUCCGAACCCAUCCAUGCAACAACCAUUUUACGGCCGUGACCAGACACUCCGAGGAGAUGGUUCCUCCGGCAUUCCGUCGGCGCUCAACCAGUAUGCGAUGUCUGGCGCUUUCAGUCGCCAGCCGCCCGCCCUGUCGCACGCUCACCAGAAUCAGCUUCUGUACAUUGUCACAUUCAAAUGCCACCGUGCCGAUGUAUUCUACAUCCAAGAAGAUACGGGCCUCCAGGUGAAGGCUGGCGACCUUGUGAUUGUCGAAGCUGACCGAGGCACUGACUUGGGUACCGUUCAACAUGCCAACGUCUCCCUCCAGAGAGCACGCGAACUCAAGCAGCAAUAUGCCGAAGAGCAUUACAAGUGGCUCAUGAUGUUCUCGCGACAGAAUCAGCUCGAGGGCUCUGAUGUAGCCAGUCCUGGUGCAGGCCUCCCAGCUCGGAGUGCUACUGGUGGAAUGGGUCCUCACGGGCAUGGUGUCCAGGAACCGCCGACCGACAUCAAGCCCAAGCUGAUCAAGCGCCUUGCGCAGAACCAUGAGAUCCUAAAUCUGCGUGACAAAGAAGGCAACGAGGCCAAGGCGAAGCGAGUCUGCCACCAGAAGGUAGCUGAACACCGGCUCAAUAUGGAAAUUCUUGACGCCGAAUUCCAGAUGGACUGGAAGAAACUCACUUUCUACUACUUUGCCAAUACCUACAUCAACUUUAACUCACUGGUGACCGAUCUGUUCAAGAUCUACAAGACCCGGAUCUGGAUGUCCGCUAUCAAUCCUGCCUCGUUUGUUACGCCUCCCUCGGCUGGGCUCCCUGGUCCUGGAAUCAGCAACCCGCUGUACAGCCAGGAGGUACAGAACGAGCGUCGCCAUCCGCACGAGGGUCGACCUUAUGGCGCAACCCGGGAUACCGAUCCAGGUCGCGAACCCAUUUCAAGCCCCGUCGGAAUGCUCCGUACAGCGUUCACUGAGUCUUACCAGCCGUUUGCUCAACCUCAACGCCACGUGGAAGUCCAACCCGAUCCAUUUGCGCCUUACUCGCCGACUAGCUACGGACCUCUGGAGACAGGGUUCUCCGAUUAUCCUGCCAACUCCAACGGGCCCCCUCGUAUGCACCCCGCUCAGGGUGAGUGGGUGACUCGCUUCCAGGGUCUCUCCUUGAACUCCUGA